AUGGAAGAAGGUAUUGUCAAGGCGUGGGCUCAGUUAAAGCUGACUGAGGAGGAACAAUCGGCUGUUAAUCUCGAAGAUGUGGUUGAUGAGAUCAUUGAGGAAAAAGCUGAGUUGUGUGUGGUGGGAAAACUCUUGACCAAGAAACCUUACAACUUGAAUCACAUGCGGAAUUCCCUUGCUAGUGCUUGGCGUUUGGCUAAGGGUUUUAACCUCAGAGAUGUGGGUGAUAAUCUUUUUGUUUGUGAAUUUCUAUCCAAAGUUGAUAAGGUGAGAAUAUUGCGUGAAGGACCGUGGCACUUUGAUAAACAAAUCAUACUGUUCGAACCCCUCAAUGGGAAUAUGCAACCAAACAAUAUGUUGAUUGUUGAAUGCCCAGUUUGGGUCCGUAUAUAUGAUCUACCCCUUAAUUGUAGAGGGAAGGCAGCGGUGGGCAAAAUUGGUGGUAAGAUUGGCAGGAUAAUGGGAAGGGAUGAAGAGGAGGGUAAAGUAUGGAAUCGCUACAGUAGAAUACGAGUGGCAAUUGAUACCACAAAACCUUUGAUGAGAGGAAUGAGUGUCAUUAAUCCGCUGGGUGAACGUUGCUGGAUUGGUUUUAAGUACGAACGAAUCCAGAAUUUUUGUUAUUGGUGUGGGAUGCUUGAUCAUAUGGAGGUGGAAUGUGAGGAUAAACUGGAGCAAAAAAAAAUUUCAGAAUGGCCGUAUGGUCCGGUUUAA